AUGAGUGGUCUGGAUAAUACUUUUGGAGCAUUCUUGAUUGGGGUUGUAGUCUCUGCCACACUCUACGGAGUCACUUGCGUGCAGACAUGGUACUACUUUAGCCGGUACCCCUCGGAUCCGUGGUACAUCAAGCUCUUAGUCGGUGCUGUACUUGUAUCAGACUCAGUUCAUCAAGCUCUGAUUACACACACUGUGUAUACGUAUCUUGUGACUGAUUUCGGUAUCGCUACUGACCUCGGGACGCUUGUCUGGAGUUUGAUUAUCGAAGUCUUAUUCAAUGGCUUCACAGCGCUUAUGGUUCAAAGCUUCCUUACCAUGCGCGUCUACAGACUAAGCAACAAGAGUAUUAUUGCAACCGGGUCGGUCAUGUCCCUUGUCAUCGGUGAAUUUGUUCUCGUUGUCAUAUAUGUCGCUAAAGCUGUCCAUAUGACGACAUUUGAGCAACUGACCGUUCUCAAGCCACUGUCCAUGUCUGUGAACGCUUUGGCAGCUGCUGGAGACGUGCUUAUCGCUGUAUUCCUCUGCACACUCCUUCAACAAUCUCGCACUGGAUUCCGGAGGUCCGAUACCAUGAUCAACAAGCUGAUUUUGUUCAGCAUCAACACGGGUCUCCUCACCAGUAUUUGCGCGGUCAUGUCCCUCAUUUCUAUUACAGUUUGGCCUGAUACCUUCAUUUACAUCGCAUUCUAUUUCUGCUUGGGACGUCUCUACUGCAACUCCUUGUUGGCAACUCUUAAUGCACGAAAGAGUCUUCGGGGUGAUUCUCGGGACGAAAACAUGUCGCUCUCGCUUCAGGGAAUUCAGAAAACGUCUAACAGCACCGGUACUUCGCAGAGGCGGAUGCCGAAUAACAUCUCAAUUAAGAUUGAUACCACACAGGAGUACGUUCGAGAUGAAUAUUCAUCUGCAACGGAACUUAAAAGUGCUCAGGCAGUUUAGUCGCUUUAGGGAUGGGGUGCCACGAGGUGGAUGAGAAGCACAUAAAAAAAUGUACCGCAUCAUACUUUGGUAGAACAUUGGUGUCAUUCUUUUUUGCGUCGUUCUUUUGCAUUGAUUGUAAGUAUUGUAACAUGUAUGAUCUGCGACCGAUCUUGUGAUUGGCUACUCUAUUCCUUCAUAUACCCUGCGGCGCAUGGUGGCAUUUUCAGCAAUUAUAAUACGCGGAAUUACAUGGAACAUUCAUUGAACCCCCACUAUUUCUCCAAGAUCUGUUCGAUUAUCUGUUCGAUUUAGUAUGUCCGAUAUUGUGGUGUGACCGGGUGCCCUGCUCGGAUGUAGCAACGGGGCACAAAGAAAACCC